AUGUCGUUGAAUAUUGUGGUAAAUGGUUGGUCAGCCCCUAGUACCACAAUAGAUGGUAUAGUCACUCUCACCCCUGUCGAGAACUGGUCUAGAGCUCAAUUGGAUAGUUGUAAUUUAAAUAGCAAAGCCCUCCAUGCCCUAUAUAUGGCAGUUUUCCCCGAGGAGUUUAGGAGAGUGUCCAUGUGUGAGCUAGCAAAGGAAGUUUGGGAUAUUUUAGAAACCACACAUCAGGGAACUCAUGCAGUUAAGAGUUCUAAGCUGCAGAUGUUGGCCACUAGGUUUGAAGAAAUAAGAAGGAGAGACAAUGAGAUGUUCGAUGUCGUUUAUGCGAGCUUAAAUGACAUGGUAAAUUUGUCCUUCAACCUAGGUGAGAAAAUCCUUGAGCCUAAGAUAGUGAGAAAGAUUCUUAGAUCCUUACCUGAGUGUUUUAGGCCUAAAGUUACGGCAAUUGAGGAGAGUAAGGACAUAGACACUAUCAAGGUAGAGGAAAAUAAGAAGAAGCCUCAAGAGAGACAAAGAGGUGGCCCGAGUGAAUCUAGGAAGAAAUCUAAAUCCGUGAGAUGCCAUAACUGUCGCGAUUUCGAUCAUGUGAGGAAUGAGUGCCCUAGUGCUAAGAGAUUUGAAGAGAAUGCUGUGAAUCCUACUCUCACUGAUAACGAGUCUAGCUCGAAAAAUCAGAGUGAGAAAUCCACCCGUGAGGAGAGUGGAAAAUAUGUGGCCUUCGUUGCUAGGAGUAAAAGUGGAUCCGAUCAGGGGAGUGAAAAGACAGAGGACUUAGAUAGUUGUGAAGAUUCUGGUCAUGAGAGUGAAAGUGUAGAAGAUCUAGAAAUAGCCUAUGAUAGAAUGUAUGAGGAAAGCCUCAAGAUUUUAGCCACUAACCAGGCAAUGAGCAAGAAAGUGAAAGAGCUUAAGCUAGAGAAAGAAGAGUUAGAAGUCCGUGUUAGUGAUCUCACCAAUAAGAAUGAGAUGUCCUCUAGGAGAGUAAGUGAGCUGACCAUUAUGAAUGAGACCUUAGCUAUUCAGGUUAAACACCUUGAGAGUGAGCUAGAGUUGUCUAGGUCUCAGUUACUUGUCUUUUCUAGCAGUUCUGAAAGGCUAGAUAAUAUUCUAGGAAGAGGCAAGCCGGCUAGUGAUAAGGGAGGUCUAGGUUUUGAUCUGAAUGUUGCUGGUACAUCACAUACCACCUUUGUUCGUGCUACUGACCAGCCAUACAUUGUGAGUAACCCCAUACCAAAUGUUGUGGGAAUUUCAGGACGUAGGUCUACUAGAUGUCAUAGGAACCAUCGGCCUAGAAAUAGAAAUCGGCGUAAGCAAAUCACAGGUCCUAGGAAAGACUUGAGCUUAAAAAAGAACAAAAAUCAAGUGUUUGUUAGCCAGAUUGGAUUCCUUACUGAUCAAGUAAAUCGUUUGACUCAAUUGGUGACACAACUGUCUGGAAACAAUCCUCGCUCUAGACAAGUUUGGGUAAAGAAAAGCAAUCUCCCAAAUUUGGUUAGAGAUCGUGGUGCUCUUAAAGGAAAGAACACUUGCAUACCUACUUGA